CCGUGUUUACAUCCGGCGCCACUUCCGCCUCCGGCUCGGCUCGGACCGAUCCCCUGCGGCCGCGCUCCGUUCUCCGCGUCAAUGCGGCGCCGCCGCCCCGCGGCCUGCCCCGGCCAUGGACACCAGCGACCUCUUCACCAGCUGCAAGAAGGGCGACGUGAGCCGCGUGCGAUACCUUCUUGAACAGCGAGAUGUGGAAAUUAAUGUCCGUGAUAAAUGGGACAGUACACCUCUGUAUUAUGCUUGCCUUUGUGGACAUGAGGAGCUUGUACGCUAUCUUCUAGCUAAUGGAGCAAAAUGUGAGGCAAACACUUUUGAUGGGGAACGUUGCUUGUAUGGAGCUUUGAGUGAUGCCAUACGACGUCUUCUAAAGGAGUACAAACAGAUCACGGCAAAGUGCAUGAAGAGAGACUACUAUGAUGUCUUCCUGCAGCGGUUGCUGGAACAGGGUUACCGAAGCGACAUUGUUUUCAUUGUUCAUGGCAAAUCCUUCUGUGCCCACCGCUGCAUUCUCAGCGCUCGCAGUGCCUAUUUUGCAGAAAUGUUUGAGACCAAAUGGAAGGGGAAGAACAUGAUAGUGUUGAAGCAUCCGCUGAUUAACCCAGCAGCCUUUGGCUCUCUUCUGCAGUAUCUGUACACAGGUCGUCUUGAUAUCGACGUAGAAUAUGUAAAUGAUUGCAAGAGGUUAGCCAAGCAAUGUCGUCUGCAGGACCUCAUAGAUGAUUUGGAGACCAAAUGUAAAAAAGUCUAUGAAUUCGUCUCUUCCAAGCCAGGGACCUGUGUGAAAGUGCUGACGAUUGAGCCCACAGGUAACUGCCGGCUGCAGGAAGAUCUGGCUCUUCUAGCAGACUGCGCCCUGCCAGCUGAACUGCGGGUAGGGAGCAUUUAUACUACUUCUGGACUCUGUGGGGCUGUGGUUGGUUUUGGAGAGUUGCCAUUUGACAGCACUGACAACUUUAACAGUUGUCCUGAUGUGUGUUUCCGGGUGGCAGAUUACAACUUUUUGUGCCAUAAGGCAUUUUUCUGUGGUCGCAGUGAUUAUUUCAAAGCCCUGCUUGAAGACCAUUUCAGUGAGAGUGAGGAGCUGCAGACACAGCCCAGCAUCCCUGUGGUGACUCUUCACAACAUCUCAGAAGACAUCUUCAUCCGGGUCCUCUACUACAUCUACAGUGAUGAUACAGAGCUGUCCCCAGAAAAUGCCUACGAUGUGCUGUGUGUGGCAGACAUGUACCUGCUGCCUGGGCUCAAGCGCCUUUGUGGCAGGACCUUGGCUCAAAUCCUUGAUGAGGACAACAUUGUCAGCAUCUGGAGGAUUGCAAAGCUGUUCCAGCUGACCCGGCUGGAGGACCAGUGCACGGAAUACAUGGCAAAGAUCAUUGAGAAGCUGGUAGAAUUGGAGGAGUUUGUGGCCGCUGUGAAGGAGAAUGCAGAGGCUGUGGAGGAACGGCAGGAGACUGAUUCCAUUCCUCUGGUCGAUGAUAUCCGCUUCCACAUCACCAGCAAUGUGCAGACUUACAGUGCCAUCGAGGAAGCCAACCAGAAACUUGAAGCUCUGGAAAACCUCUUGGCCAGUAUAGGGCUCGAAUGCUGAUGUGUGCAAACCUUGCCUGUCAUAUGCAGCCUGCGUAGGCCACACUGGGUUGGAUCAGAGUGCAAGAACAUCCCAGUCUCUGAAUGUCUCUUUACCCCUUCAUUGUCCUGCUUCCCAUCCACUUUCAGGCAUGGUUUCUUUUUAAUUUAUUUAUAUCUGGACAUUUGCAUGUCUGGUUUGUGUUUGGUUUUAUUUUGUUUUUGUUGCUUCUUUCAGAAGUAGCUCCCCAAGCUCAGCGCAGAUUGAUAGCUGCUCCUUUGUGCGAUAGGAUGUGCACAGGAGACUGCAAGCUGCUGGGGGUGGUAAGGGAGCUGCUCUGGGGCACUGGCUGCUGCCUGAUGUUAGGACCCAUCCUGUUCUGUAGCCUGAGAACGCACGUCUGAAACUGGUUCAUGCCAGGAUAUUGGUUGAAUAGCCACCAGCAGAGGAUGAAAACUGGAUUAAACUCUCCAAGUAAGUAUGGUGGAAGGAAGGUGGCCCUUCUUUCACUGUCAGCAUUAUAAGAUUAGCAAAGAUGUGCAGUGCUUCCUUAACAGGAAUACAGGAAUACUAGGUAUGUGGAAAGCACUGUCUUCACCUGCUAUUCUAGUUUCUGGAUGAAAAAAACCCCAAAGUAAAUUCUAGGUCUUCCCUAGCUUUUCAUUGCAUUGAAGUGCUCAGAAUUUAAACGCUUUGCUUUCUGAACAAACAUCAUUGGGAAUACAAUAGAGACCAGAGUCAUUCCGUUUUCAGAAAGCAGUGGCUUUCAAUGCAUAAUAAAGGGAGAGCACCAGUUUUCUUCCGAACAGAGGAAUGAAACACCUUCUUCUUGGAAAUAGCACUUUUACUUUCUUUAUGUCCAUUGUGGUAGAGCAAAACUGACUUGCUGGUGGGUCAGGGAGGAGGGGUCACCAGAAAUCUUUUUUAAAAGGAAAAGGGGCCUUUUGGGUCUCUCAUGGAGCAGCUGUCCCACUCGUCAACCUUCUGGCUUCGCUCAGCCUUGAGCCUUGUAGCUUCAUUGUUCUCCAGGAAAUUCACUGUUUGUACUAAUGAUUGUUUUUGAAUCUGUGUUCUGCAGUAGGUCGCGUUAUCUCGUGUUGUCUCCCUAGACUGCUAAUGAGGGUAAUAAUGUUCUUUCUCCUUGGCACUAAUCAGCAGGCAUACCCCUGCAUAAAGCUUGCCUUGCCAGAUAGGCUGUCCUCAGAGCUGUUCAUCUCCAGAAUGGUGUGUUAUGAGAGUCUUGGGUCUCCAAGGCACAGGCCAGCGUACUUUGCUGUGCUGUGAGCUGGGAGAAGAGGUGAAGGACAUAGAGAAUCUUGCACUGCCGUUACUGGGGUGCCAUUACUAACACAUAUUGUCACUUUGGUCGCUUUGUGAGGCAAGAGCUUGAAGUAAUAUGUCAGACAUGCUUUUAGUGUUUGAGGUGGGAACUGGGCACAGAUCCUCUGCAGCUUCAGGGUGUUGUUUUCUGUGAUGGUAGUGGUGCUUCAUGUGGAUAAGGAAGGUAUUUGGAGAUUUCAGUGUUUAGCAGGGACUUGCUUCAGGUGUGGAUGUACUGGAAGGAUGGGUUUUUCUUCUUUGCUAAAUCUCACCUGGUAAGAGACUGAUGCUCUCACACCAUGUGAGAACUGCAGCCUUGGUGCCCUUGCUCAGAGCAUCUGCCUGUACCUGGCAUGUGGUGAAGCUGUUCGCAUGUGCGUGGGCAGGCUUUGGACACCCCUUGCACGAGGCAGGCUGCAUUCCGUUGCAGUGAGGAGAGGGUGCUGGGAUGUGGCCGCUGUACUCAAGGGAAGCUGGACUUCAGCAAAAUCAUGUGUCAGGAUUGAAUUGCACUCAACGAAAGCUGGGGCCAGAGCUGGUGGCACAGGAAUGAGGUGCAUUGGCUUAACUGGACCCCAGAUAUUCAUGUGUCAUCUGUGUUUAACUGGUUUCUCUUGCACAACAAGUCCCUUUUGGGCAGGGGAUGGUGACUGCAGGGCUGUUCAAGCAGAGUGUGCUUCAAUUUUUUCUGUAUCGAAAAAAUUGAACUGCAGGGAGUUGUUGUGGUUUGUUUUCUGCAGCCAUAUCAGGGUGAGGGAAGAGGAUGUGUCCCAGCAGGGGUGUUUUGCUGUAUGGAAGCAGGGAGUGGCAGAAGUGUGCUUCUGUUUGGAGUGGUGACGCGGAAAGGAGCUGUUUGAUUUGUGUGAUGUACUUCAAUGUCUGUCUCUAAACUUGGUGUGGCUUUGACAGGACUGCCAAAGAGCCUAGCACAACUUGAACUGAUGAAGACAUCUCGGUGAACUUGAGGAGGGGAAGGCCUAUCAAGAAAGCUUUAAUAAUUAGUCCCAUAUAUUUUAGGGAAAGAGAGGUAGAAGUAGAACUGCCUGUUUUCUUGCUCAGUGGAGUGUCAGGCUCAUGAAAGCCUGCUACAGAAACCGAUAGCUUAACCCAGCUGGUUCAGUUCCCCUGCAUUUCUCCUCCCCUUAUGGCUGAAGAUGACGCUGAACAUAAGCAGGAUGUUUAGUUUAUCAUGUACCCUCUGCUCCUUCUGCAUCAAUUCCACAUUGGACAUCUUAGUAGUUGGCUUUCCACAGCAGGGGUUAUGACAGCCUUGCACAAGGCUUGCACGGAGCCACCAGAGAACAGAACAUGGCCUUUGCCUUCUGCUUGUACUGAAUGAGAUGCAGAAAGAGGGUUACUGAGGAAUGUGCUAAUGCUUUUCUCUGCACAUGCCUCAGCUGCUAAGGCAAAAUGGAUACUGGUGGUGGGCAAAGCAGGAGGAAGGCAGAGGAGGGGCAGAGGUGCUGGGAUGCAUUUUCCAUAUGGCUGCUCUUGAAUAAUUCCAUUCCUGCGUCCUUAAUCGUGGAGCAAGUGAGGCUGCAGUUGUACACGUGGGAGGAAAGGUCAGUGUGGCCUUUUGAUCUGCCUCCCCAGUAGCGCAGUUCCAUGUGGGCUGCCAAGCAAAUGCCUCAUCUGUCUGUGUGCAUUUAGUGGUCACCUCUGUGAGCCCUCUCAGAUUGUCCAAUUACUUGGGGUCCUUUAACUCCCCCAUCGUUUUUGGCGAAACAGGGCUAUCGAAAAGCAUGCAUAAGCAGAUGGUCAGCAUUCAGGCAAGCUCUCUAAUUAAGAUAAGCCAGGUCAAAACUUAGAUUUGAAUUCACUUUACUCUUGCUGCAAAUAAUUUCAUCACAAAAUAAAAACCUUUUGAUUUUUCUUCUGUUGCCAUUGUCCUUUUUGUGUUGUUACCUCUGUCCUAUUUUAUUUGCCACUUGUUGAAUUAAGAAGAUUGUAAAAAUUUAUCAGAGGAACAAUAUAUUUAAGAAGAAAUGUGUAAGCAUGUGUGCAGCAAUAAAAUAGUAUAU